AUGGCUGACCAAAACUCAACAGAAGUCAUAAUCAUGGCGGCACUUUCUACUCUAUCCUCUUCCCAUAUCUCAGAUCUCAGCCACUCCAUUGCCGCCCUCUUCCACCGGCACCGUCGCCGCCUCUUCUCUCUCCUUUCCUCCCCAACCAUCUUCGCCUUCACUCUACAGCACUUGCAAACUAUCUCCCUUCACAAGAAGUCCCUUCUAAUCGCCCAUUAUCUAUUGCUUAAUCUCUCCGUUUUGAACCACUUCAUGAGGAAUAAUACCACCGCACCACCCUACGCCGGCGCCGGAAUGAAACUCCGGGACCUUGAUGCGGUUCUUCUUUUACUUCUUCUCUGCGAGUUGCAUCAGAAUGAACCGGAAGCUCUUGAACCGCCUCCGUCAUUCUGGCGGGGGGUUCUGUGUAAUUAUGUGGCUAAUACAAUGUUGAAAUUGACUAGCUUUGGAGCGUCCAAUGGUGAAGUUCUGAUGGAAUACAUAGAAAAGGUGGUUAAAUGUAGGAAUUUUGUUAAUGUAAUGGGUCGUGAUAGUGGUGGUGGUGAUGAAGGGAAGGACGGGAGGGAGGUGGCGACGUCCGUAGCGGCGGUGGUUGCUUUGCCAUCGGUGGAGGUGAGUGGCGGCGGCAGGGAGUGCGUAAUAUGCAAAGAAGAGAUGACCAAAGGAAGAGACGUCUGUGAAUUGCCAUGCAAUCAUUUGUUUCAUUGGAUGUGCAUAUUGCCUUGGUUGAAGAAGAGAAACACGUGUCCUUGUUGCCGGAGCAGACUUCCGACCAAUGACGUUCUCGGCGAGAUUGACCGGUUGCUGGAGGAUCUCGCCAAGAUUGACGAUGGCGGCGAUAGAUUAUACCGUGAAUGCUUGUGUACAUGA